GUCAAACCGGAUUGUUCUGGAUCUCUCAGCUCAAUAACUGACAAACACAAGAUUUGCCGGAUUAAAUGGCUUCCCAAGGGGCCCUCCCUACUCUGGGCCCAGGUAAUCAGAACCCUUUUUCCCCCCUGUGCUACGCCCAUGUUGUGGAUACUGUCAUAUUCUCAGCUGAGCUUGUGAAUAUAUCAUGAAAUCUUGUCUUCCACAGGAGCUUAUACUGUUGUUUCAGUCUCAGGUAGCUUGUGGUUUUUCCACUCCGAUUACUGAUCCUACAGUACGAGGAAGAGCCCGUCCCUCCUCCUCCUCCUCUCUACUCAUCUCUCCCUCGCCUGUGGGAGGAGUUUGUCACUGAGGAGUUACUGAGAUUGUUGCAGUUUAAAGCAGAGGAAAGGAGACAGGUACGGAGGAAGAAGAAGGAGCGCCAGAUGUUAUCAGAUCAGCUGCAGCUCAGUCAUGUGAACUGAUGAAGGCUAACAACUGAUGCUACCUUAACUUUAUGCUAAAAGACCAAGAUGUAGCUCCUUCUCCGAAGAAUGAAGACAUCGUUUGGAGUAACAGCGCCUCCUGGUGAAGUCUGUCUCUAAAAGUGAUCCUGCCUGAGUUUUGAGUCAGUCUUGUUGAAGACUCGUAAGCUUAUGACUGAUAGCAAUGGCUCCAACGGGCAAAACAUUCAUGAGGACUUUGCUUCCAUUCCUUCUGCUGGGAAUUACCUGCUCUGUCCAUGCUUCUCUCGUGAAAGUCAAUAAAGGUUUAAAGGUGAAGCGGGGUCAAUCAGCCUACCUCCAGGAGGGCGACCUGCAGUUCUUGAUCCCCCGUCAGAAGGAUGCAUGCAAGGUGGAGGUGGUGUUAAAUGAGCCAAUAACUCAACGGGUGGGAAACCUCAUGCCUCAGGUGUUUGAUUGCCACUAUUUAGCUGAUGAGAUAAAAUACAUCCAUAACGGUAGCCCACUGUUGAAGGAGGACAGCGUAAUGCUACAACUGUACAGGUUUACGGAGAGCGAGACGUUCAUUGAGGUGUUUUCUCUCCAUGUGGACAUUAUGGAGCCUGAGUGCAGCAUCAUAAAACUGGGGCCAAAAUCCCUGCAGGUUCCUGAGUUUUACGGCCUCUCUGAUGCCGUGGAUGGCAAUGUGGUGUCUUUCAACUAUGAGAGGAAGUCCAGUCUGGAGUGUAGCAUUCAUCUUAGUAACCAUGACACUCACCUACCAGCUCAUGGCCAGCUGGUUACCGGAGAACCAGAGAAAGCUACAAAGAGAGGAGAUGAGCCAGAGAGCUUUAUUCCCCUCCGUCAGCAGCUAGAUAAUAAAGAGAGAGCGAUGUGUAAAUCUGAGGACUGCCUGAAAGGUCUAAAGCUGGUGAAGUUCACCAAAAUUCCCUGUGAUGAUUUUCUGAUGAUGGGGCUGAAGUAUCAGCACGUAGACCCUCCAUCACCAGACAUAGACUACAUCGCUAUCAGGCUGGACCUCAAGGACACCCGGAGUGGCAGCAUAUAUCAGUCUGAGCAGACCUGGAUUCCAGUCCGGAUCAUCGGUGCAAUGCCCAACCAGCCUCCCAAACCGUCCUUCAUGUCCAUGUUCAUCCUGGAAGUAGACCAGUUCAUCCUCACGCCGUUCUCAACUGCUACUUUAGACGCUGAAGACGAGGAAACACCCAAACAGCUUCUGGUUUUUAACAUCACUAAACCUCCCGUUGACGGAUUCAUCACCCAUCUGUCUGACCACACCCGGCCAAUCUCCUCCUUCACAUGGCUCGACCUCAACGACAUGCUCAUCGGGUACCAACCUCCAAACUCCUCACAUACACAACGCAGGAAUUAUGAGGUGGAAGUUGAGGUUCAUGAUUUUUUCUUUGAGAGGAGCCAGUCGAUGACGGUUCAUUUGUCUGUAAGGAAUGCGGACACGAAUGCACCCAGAGUGUCUUGGAACAUGGGUCUGAGUCUGUUAGAGGGUCAAUCCCGGCCGAUACUGUGGGAGCAGCUUCAGAUUGUGGACAACGAUAACCUUAAAGCUGUUCGUCUUAUCACUGUGGACGGUCUGCAGCAUGGACGCCUCACUGUCAGAGGUGGAAAGGGCUUUAUGUUCACCGUCAAAGACAUCAAAGACGGCGUUGUCCGCUAUCACCAUGACGACAGCGACUCAACCAAAGACUUCAUCAUCUUCCGAAUCACUGACGGCCCCCACCAGACCCGACACAAGUUUCCCAUCAAGAUCCUGCCGAAGGACGACAGCCCGCCGUUCCUGAUCACCAACAUGCUGCUGGAGGUGUCCGAGGGUCAGACGGCGUUACUGAGAGGCUCCACCCUGCAGGCGUCAGACAUGGACUCCAGCGAUGACUACAUCCUGUUCAACAUUACCCGCGCCCCACAGGCCGGAGAGGUCAUGAAGAUCCCUGGGCCAGGACUCACAGGUUAUCCUAUCAGCCACUUCCUGCAGAGAGACCUCUCACAGUCGAUGGUUUACUAUCGACACCUGGGGAAUGAAGUCUUUGAUGACUCUUUUGAGGUGGUGCUGUCAGAUUUUCAUGAUCCGCCUAACCUGUCACAACCUCAGGUUGUCGUGGUGCACAUAGAGGCGGUCCCAGACCAACCACCUAAAGAGGUUCCUGGUUCCAGUCGGUGUCUGCUGGUCAAAGAAACUGAAGUGGUUCACUUAACACGACAACAGCUUCACUUUGUAGACCAAGAGUCCCCAGACAGCGAGCUCACGUAUACGGUCACUACUCCACCUUUCUACGCUGGGCCUCAUAGCAGUCCAGAUGCAGGAAGGUUGUUUUUAGUCGACAGCAUCCCAAAGUUUACCAAAGACUCAAACGCACCUGUGCUGAGACUCUUCACCCAGCAUGCAGUCAACUUCAUGAAAGUGGCCUACAUGCCUCCUAUCAUAGACAUCGGCCCCUACCCCCAGUAUAUCCAGUUUGUUCUUUCUGUAACAAACCACCUUGGAAAAACAGUGACUGGGAUCUGCUUUAACAUCACUGUGGUACCAGUGGACAACCAGCCACCACAGGUGAUAACCAACCUUGUGACUGUAGACGAAGGAGGGGAGGCCACGGUCGGUCCUGACCACCUGCUGCUGUCAGACGUGGACUCGUUGGAGGAAAUCCUGCGGGUGGAGCUUCAGAAGGAGCCUCAGCAUGGAGCUCUGCAGCUGGGAGGCUUCGCUCUAAAACCAGGCCAGGCUUUUACUGUGCAAGACCUGAAAAACCUUAAAGUUAGGUACACUCACGACGGCUCAGAAACUUUGGAGGACAAUAUUGAAUUCACUGCAACAGACGGCACCAAUUCUGUCAGUUUUGUUGUGCCAGUGAAGGUCAUACCGAUCAAUGACGAGGUCCCAGUGUUGGUUUCUGCUCUGAAACCAGUUUUGAGCUGUGCAGAAGGAGAGGAGAUCGUCAUCACAGCUGAGUAUAUUUAUGCUACAGACGCAGACAGUGAUAACAGCAGCCUGGCCUUCCUGAUCGCCCGACAGCCGUAUCAUGGCGUUGUGCUGCGAAACGAAGUUAUUGUUGACCGCUUCAUCCAGGCCGACAUCACUGCAGGGAUCAUCAGCUACAAACACACAGGUCUGGAGAUCGGACUCACUCCUCGCCAUGACACCAUCACGUUUGUGAUUUCUGAUGGGGAAACAGAAACAGGUUUAUGCUGCAGUGAAGCAAACCCAUCCAGGAUCAGAGGAAAGACUCAGCUACGAGACAGUCUGCCUGUUUAUGACCUCCAGAUCACUGUGUUUCCUGUCGACAGCCAACCACCUUCACUGACCACAGGAGACAUCUUUACGGUGGAUGAGGGUGGGUCUGCCCAGAUAACGACCUCCCAUCUGAAAGCCUUUGAUGUGGACACGGUCCUGGACGAGCUGGUGGUCAGUCUGAUUUCUCCACCACAGUUUGGAUACAUCGAAAACGUCCUGCCCAGUCCAGGCUUUGAGAAGAGCAACACAGGCAUCAGCAUAGCUUCAUUUUCCUACAAAGACAUCAUGGACGGUCAUGUCAACUACGUGCAGUCCAGACACCAGAGGAUGGAGCCCACAGCUGACCAGUUCAUGCUCUGCAUCUCUGACGGCAAACAUAGUUCUGCCCACAUUCCCUUCUACAUCAUUAUUAACCCAACAAACGACGAGAUUCCAGAGUUUGUGGCUCACAACAUCACGGUACGGGAAGGUGAAAUGAAGCAGCUGGACUUAUCAGUGUUACGUGCGAUGGAUAUGGAUGUCCCAAAGAACGUCCUGCUCUUCAGUGUUGUCAGACCUCCGCAGCAUGGCAGCAUCAUCAGCUACAGCAAAGAGAAAACAAGCCACAGUAAACGAGACUCCAGUCCACCUGUCCCUGUGGUCGACUUCACGAUGACAGAUCUGACAAAUGGUAUGGAACUGGUGUACCAGCAUGACGACUCAGAGAACAUGGGCGACAGUUUCACAGUCCAGCUGACCGAUGGCAGACAUAAACUCCACAAACAGGUGAUGGUUACAGUUCAGCCGGUGAACGAUGAGGAGCCUCGAGUCAUCAGGAACAACGGUCUGGAGGUGGAGCCAGGAGAGGCCCGGCUCAUAUCCAGUGUUGUUCUGUUUGCAGAGGAUGGAGACACGCCAUCAUUAGAGGUCAAAUACAUGUUAGAGAGUGUUCCUACGCAAGGACUGCUGCAGCUGAAGGAAGGUCAUCAGUGGGUCACCUUGACAGUGGGGAGAAACUGCACCCAGGAGAUGGUCGACAUGAACCUCCUGCGUUACACUCACACAGACCUGCAUGGAGAAAAAACACACGACUUCUUUGUUUUCUACCUGUUUGACGGAAAGAAUCGAUCCCCUCCACAGCACUUUCACAUCUCUGUCAAAGAUCUGGAAAAAGGGAACAUUGCCGUCUUUGUGAAGCCGGUGAUUGUAAACCGAGGUGACCGGGUCGUUCUCACAACAGACGCUCUGUUGGCCACAGAUGGCACAGACAAACCUGAGGAGCUUCUGUACGUUAUCACUCACUCUCCUCUUCAUGGACACAUCGAGUACAUCAAACACCCUGGCCUGACCAUCUCCAGCUUCAGCCAGAUGGACAUCGCCGCUAACCUGGUGGCUUAUGUUCAUGACAGCCGAGCGAGAAACCCCACAGAAACCUUUCAGUUUGUAGUGAGCAACGGUAAGACCAGCAGAAAUGGAACAUUUGAGAUCGCUGUGGAGAUGGUGGACCGUGUCCUGCCAUCUCUGACCUCAAAUGCAGGCCUCUCUGUCCCACAAGGAUCCUCCAUGAUCCUAAGUCCAGACUGCUUGGCUUUAUCUGACCCCGAUACUCCACCCAGUGACCUGACCUUCGUCCUGCUGCAGCCUCCUCAGUAUGGCGGCCUGAUUUUAGCAGGACGGCCUCUUACAGCUGGAGCAAACUUCACCCAGAGAGACGUACAGGAGCUGAAGGUGACGUAUAAACACGACGGAGGACCCUCACAGAUAGACAGAUUUGCCUUCUCUGCGUCCGACAGCAGCAAUCGAGGCUUCCUGAUGGAUGGGAGUCUACAAACUGCACCUGUGUACUUUACCAUACAGAUCAAGCCUCUGGAUAAGUCAUCUCCUGAGGUGGUGAAGCUGCUUCCUCUCUGGAAAGCCGAACUCUUAGACGACGGAAGAUACGGGAUCUUUCUGUCGUCUCAUGAGCUGAAGGCCGAGGACAAAGACAGCAGAGACACAGAGCUGAUAUUCUGUAUCAUCCGACAGCCGUACUUUGGUUACCUGGAGAACAUAACCACGGGAGGUUAUGUCCCGCAGCGAUUCCCUCAAAUGGAGCUGAAUAGAAGAUCAAUUGUUUACAUUGUAAACCCAGACAGGGAGUCUCUGUCAGACAGUCUGGAGUUCACAGUUUCUGAUCCUUUAGGGAACACUGGUCCAGCUCACGAACUUGAGUUCAGCUGGUCCAGCAUUGAACUGUCUCACUCUCAGAUCUCUGUGUGUGAGGAGCGGAGGAUCGUCUCACUGGACAUCAUCCGGACAGGAAACUUGGCAGAGUCUGCAUAUGUCACUAUAAAGGUAAAGGAGGUGACAGCAAUAGCUGGCAAAGAUUUCCUCAUCAGUCCUUCCUCCCUCGUCCAGUUUGAUCCAGGAGUGUCUAAGCGAACGUGGCAGACUGAGAUCAUUCAGGAUCAUUUGGAGGAGUUUGAGGAGAAGUUCGAGGUGCUGCUGGUCUCUCCUGAAGGAACUGUGAUCGGACGGAACGACAAGGCUCAGGUCUCCAUCAGAGACUCAGGUCAGUGCAGGCUGAACCGGAAUCCUGAGGCUCCGAUUCUUGGUGGUAAGGAGAUCCGUUCUGACUCAGUCCCACAGCAUGGAUCCAUUCAGCUGGAGAAGCUGCUGCUGGGCACAGACUCAGUCAUCUGGAGCCGAGGAGACAGCAUCCCCAAACCUGCAGCUGACGUUAAUAAAAAGAAAAUCAAAGUUCGGAGCAAUCCUAAAACUAUUUCACCAUCAUCAGUUUUUCACAAUGGGACAGACAUUGUUUACACGUAUCAUGGAAUCAUGCAAAUGCAAGUAGAAGACGACACCUCUCCAUCGAGGAAAGGCAGGAAGGCGAACAUCCGUGUGAUGAGCAGGGGAGCUCAGCAGAAAACAGCAGCGGUACUCACCCAAUCAGACCCUCCAAAAAAGACCUCAAAACCUCGAAAAACAGGAGCCGUGCGGACAUUAUCCACAGCAGACAGCCCUGUACCCAAACCCUGUGUGCCUGAGCUGAUGGGACUCCUUCAUUUCAACCAGACGACCAAUCAGCUCUUUCACUGCAAUGGCGUCUCCUGGAAACCCUGGGCUCCAACAGAUCAGAUGGUGGGUGCUCAGCGGUGUCCUCAGGGCUGGAGCUUUCAUGGAGGCCGCUGUUACAUCCUCAGCACUGAGAACAAGGUCACAUGGAGCACAGCAAACAGAGCCUGCAGGGAGAGAUAUAAAGGCUCUCUAGCAAGCGUUCUCUCUAAAGCUGACAUGGACUGGUUAUGGGACUUCAGUGGGAGAAAACCGUUCUGGAUCGGCCUGAAUGAUCGGGAGGGCAGAGGACGCUGGGAGUGGGCAGGCGGCGAGUCGGUCAGCUACACCAACUGGAGGAAGACGCCACCUCGCUCCAAGAUGAAGGGAAACAAAAAGUGCGUCCUGGUGUGGAGGAGAGCAAAGUGGCAAAUCAGAGACUGCAGGACAAGCAGAGGUCAUCGCUUCGUGUGUUCACUGAAAACAUGAACAACAUCCGCCAUGAGCUGAAACAGAGGAAGGACUGAACCUCGGGACGUUUAAACUUUCCUACAAUCAAUAGGAACUUUACUGAAACGGUUUAUAUCAUUUAUAAUGACUUUAUAAUGUGACAGUUAUUAUGUCAACAAAGCUAGGUACUAUGUGAUGAUGUUUACACUCAUUUAUUUUUGUUAAAUAUUGUUCUUCAUGGUAAGGUCACAAGAUAUUUUUUUAACUUGUACUUAGGAGAUGCACCCAUUUUCUCAAAGUUUCUGCACUUUUUCUUUAGCUGCAUUAACAAAUGCAUGAAAGCAGCAUGGCGGGCUGCAAAAAAAAAACCCUCACAAACUUUACUUUUCCUUGUUCAUCAUUUUUAAGCGAAGCCUCUGCACAAAACCAAAUAUUCUGCAGAGGUUCCCUUAUUAUAAAAAGAACCAA